AUGACCUUGCUGUCGCUAGUUGGCAAAACAGCCUGCAUAACAGGCGCCACGGGUGGCAUUGGCUUCGCCAUCGCGACGCGGUUCGCCCAAGAGGGCGCCAGCGUCGUGCUGGCGGGCCGCUCUGCGUCCAAGCUCGAGCACGCGCUCGCCAAGCUGCAGCAGGUCGAGCCGUGGGCAACAACACCAACAGCAACUCCCGACAAACCGCCCGCUGCCCACAGCACCGUCUGCUUCGACGUGCGGAGCACGCAGGGCUGGGAGACCCUCGUGUCGAAACACCCAAUCGACAUACUGGUCAACUGCGCCGGACAAACACAGCAGGCGCUGCUGCUGCGCACGAGCGAGGCGCGCGUGGACGAGCUGCUCGACAGCAACCUGCGCAGCGCGGUGUGGGGCUGCCGGGCCGCGGGCAAGCGCAUGGUGGCCGCCAGGAGAGCCGGCGGCGCCGGCGGCGCCGGCUGCAUCAUCAACGUGUCGAGCCUGCUGGCGCGGCGCGGCGCCGUCGGGACGUCCGUCUACGCUGCCGCCAAGGCUGGUCUGUUAGGU